UGUAUAAAUCAAAGAGAUGGGUUUCAACGACCCUUCGUUAAACUCAAUCAUCCUUUGGUUCGCCGGCGUAAUGUCUCUCUUGACUAUCUCCGUUAUCUUCAUCUUUCUAUUUAUGUGUUUGCUCAAACGCCGUAGGUUUGUGGAUGUGUUACCGGAAACAGAAGACAACCACCACCACCGCAGAAGAGAACCUCCGGGCCAAGGGCUUAGCGCUUCCGUGAUAGCUGCCUUUCCGACCUUUUCUUACAAACCGGACAGUAAUGAUCCUGAGAGCACCAAUCAAGAGAUAGAAUGUCCGGUUUGCUUAGGGUUAAUCCCCAAGAAUGUUGUGAUUACGGUUUUACCAAAUUGUAAGCACAUGUUUGAUGAGGAAUGUAUUGGUAGGUGGCUUGAAACCCACGUAACUUGUCCGGUGUGUCGUAGAAUGGCUGAGCCCAUGGCUAGCACUGGGGACAAGGUUCUAGAAACUAUAGUAUAGUUUUCUUUUUUUGAUAAAUAUAUGAAUUAUCAUUAAAAUGAAGCUGACUUGUGUACAAAAUGUCAU